AUGGGAAAACUUUUUCUCCCAAAGCUGCAGAGGCUACCGGCACAUCGACACGGCCUUCGCCUACGGCAACGAGAAGGAGGUCGCAAGUCGCUCGAGAACCUGCAGACCGACUACCUGGACCUGUACCUGAUGCACUGGCCCAGCUCCACCGACCCCGACGACCUCAAGAAGCACUACCCCGACUGGGACUUUGUCGCCACCUGGCGCGAGAUGCAGAAGCUGCUCGACACGGGCAAGGUCAAGAACAUCGGCGUCUCCAACUUCGACAUCACCAACAUGGAGAAGCUGCUCGCCGCCGAGACCACAAAGGUCACCCCCGCCGUCAACCAGAUCGAGCUGCACCCCUGCAACCCCUCGCCCAAGCUCAUCAAGUACCUCCAGGGCAAGAACAUCCACCCCUCCGCCUACUCGCCCCUCGGCAGCACCGACUCCCCCCUCGGCAAGAACGAGGCCCUGCUGUCCAUCGCCAAGAACAAGGGCAAGUCGCCCCAGCAGGUCCUGCUGGUCUGGGGCCUGCAGAAGGGCUUCUCCGUCCUGCCCAAGAGCGUCACCGAGUCGCGCAUCGUCGCCAACAGGGAGCUGGACGGCUGGAGCCUGACUGACGACGAGGUUGCCGCCCUCGACGGCAUCAAGGAGAGGUUCAAGGUCUGCGGCGACGCCUGGCUGCCCAUCCGGGUGUUCCACGGUGACGACGAGUAG